AUGAAUAUAUCUAAAAAUUUUAUAAUUUUUGUAUUUGUAGCUUUUUGCUUAUUUUAAUAAACAUUUUGUUCAUGGGAGUGCAUCACUAUGUAUUCUUGUACUAAUAAAUAUCAAACAGCAAAGUAGUAACAUCCAGAUAUAAUUUUUGAAUGCACUAAAAUAAGUAAAGCUGGGACUCAUUCCUUUGAUGAGACUGAAUUUAUUCAAUGCUUAGAUGAUAUAGGAUUUAAAUAUUCUGAUAUAGUUUCAUUAGAAGUAUGCGUCAUCUAAAAAUGCUAAGGUAUCAAAGAGCUCAUAAAAAGAAAAGAAUAUAUGUAUAAUAAUAAAAGUAGAAAUGUAUUGCCUUAAUGA